UAUUUAUUUAUUAAAACCUAUUGAUCAGCACAUGAGUGAUCAGGUUCAGCGUUUGCUACGGGCUGUUGAACAGUCACGACAUACCAAUUAUAAUAAUUAAAAACAAAACACAGAACAAAAUAUAUCACAGCUUCUUGCAGUGAUACAGGAUGUGCAGUGGAGGCUGGAGGCCACAGUCAGCAGGGGGGAUUCUGUCAGCGACGUUCAUCAGCGCUGAAUGGAACAGAUCAGCAUCCGAGCUCCCCCCGCUCUCUCUGCGGUGGUAUGGCCCAUAGGAGCGAGGAGCGUCUGGCUCCGCACAGCCUCCCUGCUCAUUCACGAAACGGCGACUCCUCUACUUCUUGUUCGCAUUCAGGGUGGAAGGACACGGGGGAGAGAGGGGAGAAGAGGAGAGAGAGGAGAGGAGAGGAGCGUUCAGGGUCUUCAUUCUCGCCUUUUUCUUCUCCCAGCGGCCCCAGUACGUCCAGCUUCACCGGAGACAUGGAGGGAGUGAGCAGCAACAGGAGCAUGUCUUACAGCAGAUGGAGUUAUGACAGCACUUUAGACGACGAGGGCACCAACCUCCGGCAGCAGAAACUGGACAGACAGCGAGCGCUCCUUGAACAGAAGCAGAAGAAGAAGAGACAGGAGCCUCUGAUGGUCCAGUCUAAUGUGGACGGGAGGUCUCGCGCUCGUCGGACCAAACAGAGCGAGGAACAGGCCCCGCUGGUGGAAUCCUACCUCAGCAGCAACAGCAGCACCAUUUACCACGUGCAAGAAGCUGAACAGGAGGAGGUGAAGGUGACAGCAGACGUGCAGCCGCCUCGCUCGGCCAAAAAGGGCAAAGCGUCGGCGAGCUCCACCCCACAGACGGGCAGCGAGAAGAAGGAGAGGAAGGGGAAACACAAAGCAGCGAUCGAUGGCCUGGCUUCCCAGCAGGAUGACGGUCAGAUCCAGAUCCUGACGGUGGGCCACAGCGCCGCAGAGGAGGGCGAGGCUGAGCCCGUCAUGAGCUGCACUCAGUCGCAGAGUAAACAGGAUCUCCGCGUCACCAUGCUCAAGAAAGGUAUAUCCAGCAGUAUGAAUUUCGAUGAAGAAGAGGACGAUGAUGAUGAAAUAAGCUCCAGUUCCUCGCAGCUCAAUAGCAACACAAGACCAGGCUCUGCCACAAGCAAGAAAUCAUCCAAGGAGGUAGCCUCGGCGCCCACCCCACCUGUCAAUGAGCCUGCCAUCGAUGUAGAUGACCUUGAGGAGUUUUCCCUUCGACCUGCACCACAGGGGGUCAGAGUCAAGUGCAGAAUCACCAGAGAUAAGAAGGGCAUGGACAGAGGCAUGUAUCCCACCUACUACCUUCACCUGGAGAGAGAAGAUGGCAAGAAGGUGUUCCUGUUAGCUGGCAGGAAGAGGAAAAAGAGUAAAACAUCAAAUUACCUCAUCUCCAUUGACCCCACUGAUCUGUCCCGAGGUGGAGAGAGCUUCAUUGGUAAACUGAGGUCUAACCUAAUGGGAACUAAGUUCACUGUAUACGACAGCGGUCUGAACCCUAUGAAGAGCACCACCAGCCUCGAAGCUAGCAACCUGCGCCAAGAGCUAGCAGCCAUUUGCUAUGAAACCAAUGUCUUAGGAUUCAAAGGACCUCGCAAAAUGAGCGUCAUCAUUCCUGGAAUGAACAUGGACCACGAGAGAGUGUCCAUUCGUCCACGUAAUGACCAUGAGUCACUGCUGGCCAGGUGGCAGAACAAGAGCACAGAGAGCGUGAUUGAACUUCACAACAAGACGCCUGUGUGGAAUGAUGACACACAAUCCUACGUGCUCAACUUCCACGGCAGAGUCACUCAGGCCUCCGUCAAGAAUUUCCAAAUCAUUCACGACAACGACCCUGACUACAUUGUGAUGCAGUUCGGCCGUGUGGCAGAGGAUGUCUUCACCAUGGACUAUAACUACCCAAUGUGUGCCCUGCAAGCCUUUGCCAUUGCGCUCUCCAGCUUUGACAGCAAGCUGGCCUGUGAAUAGAUCCCAGCCUGAAGUUCAGUGGAGAACUGAUCCAUCUGUCCUCUCAACAAGGGCUGUUAAUGUAUCUCUCGGGCAGGUUUGAGAUAUAUCCAAAUUACCCAGUACGUUGAAAGUCCUGCAUAUCCCAAAAUGCUUUAUGGGCCUCAAGUUUUAUGUCUGUAUGUGUGUGCAUUGGGGGGGGGGGACCUCGGGAUGGACUUGGUCAGCGGAAAAGAACAAGCACAAAGAGUUAUCCACUUUCAAGAUCAACUUUGUUUUGAUAACUAUAAUCAUUUUGUACUGUACCGGCAUUAUAAAAACAAACACUGUUCCUUUCUGUAGUAGUUAGAGAAAUUUAACAUUUCUUUCUUCUGUAAAUUAUAACUAACAGUUACACAUCUGUACGUUUUAAAAGUUGGAUUUUAUGUAAUCUGCCACACAAGAAACACAGUGUCACACUCUUGCUCAAGCAUGACUACUUCUUAUAUAGUUACUGAAUUAAAACAAACAUGCACGUCACAAUAUAUUUAUUUUGUUAUUUAUGUAUUUAUUACAUGUUAGUUUUGUUUUUCUGUUACCAUUCGCAAACGAUUUCAGCAGUAUUGUCUCAACGGACCUGCAAAGCACAUGAAUUAGCAUCAUGGGAAGGAAUAUGUCUUGUAUCCAUAAGAAAACAAAUUAGCGACAUUGGACAUGAACAGGGCAAAGUCAUGCUACACUGUGCCAUGUACCAUAUACAAUAUCGUGUCACAGUGUCAUGUAUGUGAAUGUAUAGGAUGAUGGUGCACUUUACUUUGAAGUCUGUGGUGGAUGAGAUAUAGCUGUACAUACUUUAUUGUGCCUUUGAAGACUAAUUCCAGUGUUACGCUUUGGCCAUAGAAAUGAGCUGAAAUUGAAUUGGUCUUUGCUACUCUUGCUGUCCUCAUAUGAGACAUUUCUCUGUAGCCACUUUGAAUUCAGAUGUCUGAUGCAGAGGUUGUUUAGACUGAUUAAGUAGCUGGAAUUGCAGCUCCUCCAGAAAAUAAUAAUCCAAAGUUCACAUCCACUUGACAACAUUUCAGUUAUUUCAGUCCAAAUAUAUUUAAAUUGCAUUAAGGGCCGAAAACAUGUUACAGUAAAUGCAAAGGAUUUAUUUAGAUUGUACUGUCAAUCGUGCCGCAGAUAAAAUAUCAAAGGCAUUCAGGCUCCCAGUUGUGCUCAUAUCUUCUGAUAUCUCCUCCUGGAAAAAAAAAAAACUGGAAACAGAUUGACCUACUGCCAACAAACACACAGUAACAGUACGAAUCUGCUUCAACACUUGCAUAUUUCAUUUCUUGCUCUUUACAUCUGUGAUUCAUUUUAAUGCUCAACUGAGGGGGAGUUUGGUACAUUCCUCAUCUGACUGGUCGUACGUUUCUAUAUCAUGUGGUUUAUUGCUGUUCACAUUUUUACUCAAAAUUGUAUUCCUCUCGCUCCUUACGGGGAAUUAUACUUUCUCAAAUAUAUGACAGUAUUUUGUAUUUUACAACCUUUAAAAAAAAUGCUGAAUGAAGGCAAAGAACAAUCUCUGAUACCGAUGUUGUUACUGUUGGUAAUGAGGAAGUCUUUAUCAAAUGUGCUAUUCUUGUACUCAAUUGUGUGCUAACUAUUUUAAAUUUCUAUUUUAAAAUUGUUGAUACUCUUGCUGUAAAGUCUGCUUUUCAAACAUGUGUCCAGGAACCAAAGGUUCUGUCACUUUCUGUUUUUAGUGCUCUUGUUGUAAUGUACAGUAAAUGGUGUACAAUUUACUAUGGUGGUAUAGACACAGUCCUUUGAUCAUGGAAAAAAAAUAAAACUUCAGUAAGUCAAAAA